GCUGGCCUGUGCUCUGAGGACUCGGAGUUCCUUGUGGUGUUAGGUGGAGGUGCCUGGGAACCACGGGAGCUGUCAGGGCGGCGCAGGAAGGCCGUGUUCUGGUUCUGGAACCCAGGAGGAUGGGGGUCGUCAAUGCUGUUUCUUGCACACCUGGCAGAUCCCGGGCCCCAGCAGGCCCUGGGGGCUGGCCUGAUGUUCAGCGUGGGGGGCUCUGGGGGAAUGGGAGACUUGGACCCUGCCAGGCUGGGGCCUGUCACCUCCGACCCCCACAUGGGGCCUCUCUGCACACCGCUCCUCCGACGGGCCCGCCUGUCAGGGCUCACACCUGGGUUUGGUAGGUGGAGGGCCCAGCCAGGGCUCUCCCCUCUCCACUGUGGCCUGACUCUGUCCCCUGCAAUGCCACCAGGGGAAAUAAGCAAGUCCCUUGGUGAGCUGUGGGCCUGAACUCCCAUGGAAGGUAAACUGAGGCAGGCAGCUGUUCCCUCGGGGUCCUGGGAGGCAGCCCUUUAGAACCUACCAUUCCUUUCUGGCCUGUGGCCGGUGUCCACCCCCCGGAGAACACUGCAAAUGCGGACUUGGUGACACCUGGGUGGACGGUGCUGAGGACGCUGCGGCCUGAACCCUGCCCUCGGAGAGCUCCAGCAACCCCUGCCCCAGCCACCCCGGCUCUUCCUCCCCAGGCUUGUACCCCCUCUACCAGCUGGGCAAUCCCCAGCUCCGCGUCUUCCGCACCAACUUCUUCAUUCAGCUGGUGCGGCCUGGAACGGCCCAGCCCGAGGAUACCGUGCAGUUCCGGAUCCCCAUGGAGAUGACCAGGGUGGAUCUGCGGAACUACCUGGAGCGCAUUUACAACGUGCCUGUGGCUGCCGUGCGGACAAGGGUGCAGCACGGUUCCAACAGGAAGCGGGAUCACAGAAACGUCAGGGUGAAGAAGCCGGAUCAGAAGGUGGCCUACGUGCAGCUGACUCUAGUGAAUGCCAAAGGGCAUCGACCUGCACGCGGAAGCCUGCUGUGUACACGGCCUGCCCAGGGGAGAGUGCGGCUGCUACUGAGGGCUGGGCAGGAGCGCAUCAGGGUGCAGGCGCAUGGACAGACCUUCACAUUCCCGGACCUGUUUCCUGAUAAGAAGCCGAGCCCUGAAGGCGGCUCUGUUGACAACAGCCUCUGGGACCUGCCGCAGAGGCAGACUCAGGACCCCCGGCGUGGUGGCGUCCCGGACUGGUUCGGCCUGUGACGGCCCGUGUGGGUGUGGCCCUGACCCCAGUAAAAGCCUUGCGUGUGGAGAA